AUGAUCCAUGACUGUGAGGCCUUUCAAAUAUGGCAGGACCUUGGGAGGAUGGGCAUGCGACCUUGGAGAACCAUUGACAGUGCGUACAUGACUCAGUACAAUGGAUGUACCACGGUGGCUUUUCACCGGCUGCAACGGAUGUUUUUUGAUCGGGACCAUUUCGGGAACAGAAGAUACGGUGGAGACGGGUCGUGUGACUUCUCACCUUGGUGGCAGGUGCAGAGUCGAAUUGAAGAGAUCGAUGAGAAGCAACGGGAGGUGCCACGAGAGGUUCAAAAGCUCUUUCGGGUGCGCGAUGCCAACCAACGUUUGAAGGAGAAGCAGAAAGAGCUGGCAUUGGCUGAGGAGGAGUUCGUGUUCUUUGCAGGGCUCGAGGGCACCGGGCAUCAUUUCUGGAAGGGCAUUCUUCUUCGGCUUCCAUCCAUCUACGUCUCGGCACAGACUGCAGAGUUGUCCAAAACCCUCUUCAAUGGGCCCACGGGAGAUGGGCUUUUCAGUUCUUUGGAUGAAUAUCUCCGUGUGCAGUCGGGGCAGCGUGUGGAUGCAGACAUUGGUAUGAUGUCCUACCCCAACUUCGAGGGUGUUGAUCGGGCCACGCAGAAUCCAGAUAUCUUCGAGUUGGCAAAGCUGGCGGAAGCGGCUGGGGUGGAUCUUCGGAUCGUGCUGCUCACACGUCAUCCUUCAGACCUCGUUCAGAGUGAGAUGAAAAAUCUGCAUGAGAUCAACAAGGUCCAAGCUGUUCGAAAGAUCUCCACGAGCAUGGCUCUCCUGAGCGAGCAAUUGAAUUUCUUGGAUCCUUCCUUCGUGGAAUGUUGGAGAGACUCGGUGAGAGCGAUGCUUCCGAAACGCUUUGUCUUUGUCUUUGCCCAUAUUUAA